CAAGUGUUGGAUCAGGGAAACUGCAGGUCUGUGGUACUUCAUACUAGACACUGUGAAGAGAUGGAUGGACGGAACCAGGAGGAAACAUCAGGCCCAGGGCUGCGACAGACCGACAUGACCUCUCCAUCUGGCUGUUUAACUAAAUCUGAACCUCCCGAAGACUGUUACAGGACGGAUGACCGACCAUCGGGAAUGAAACCCAGCAGAAGUUGGACGGAGAUCACUAUGGAUAUAUACAAAUGUUUGAUCAUACUUUUCUUCACUCUUCCUCCACAAGUUUGUUCCCAAGUUGGACCCCGUGGCCACGCUGAAGAGCGGCUGCUCCAUGAUUUGUUCGCACAUUACAAUAAGCUCUCCCGGCCUGUGGAAAACACUUCAGACACAGUGCUAGUCCACUUUGGACUGUCCAUCGCCCAGCUUAUUGAUGUGGAUGAGAAGAACCAGAUGAUGACGACAAACGUCUGGGUCAAGCAAGAAUGGGACGAUUACAAACUCCGCUGGAAGCCGGAGGAAUACGAUAAUGUCACCUCCAUCCGUAUUCCCUCAGAGAUCAUCUGGAGGCCGGACAUUGUUCUCUACAACAACGCUGAUGGCGACUUUGCGGUUACUCACCUCACGAAGGCCCAUCUGUUCCAUGACGGUCGGAUAAAGUGGAUGCCCCCGGCCAUUUACAAGUCUUCGUGCAGCAUAGAUGUCACCUUUUUCCCUUUUGACCAGCAAAGCUGCAAGAUGAAGUUUGGCUCGUGGACCUAUGACCGCGCCAAGAUCGAUCUGAUCAGCAUGGCCAGCGAUGUGGAUCAGAUGGACUACUGGGAGAGCGGCGAGUGGAUCAUUGUCAAUGCCGUGGGCAAGUACAACACCAAAAAGUACGAGUGCUGCACGGAGAUCUACGCAGACAUCACUUACUACUUCAUCAUCCGGAGGCUUCCAUUGUUCUACACCAUUAACCUCAUCAUCCCCUGUCUUCUUAUCUCCUGUUUGACUGUGCUGGUGUUUUAUUUGCCAUCGCAAUGUGGAGAGAAGAUCACCUUGUGUAUCUCAGUCUUACUGUCCCUAACUGUAUUCCUCCUGCUGAUCACAGAGAUUAUACCGUCUACAUCGCUGGUGAUUCCAUUGAUUGGUGAAUAUCUGCUGUUCACCAUGGUCUUCGUCACACUCUCCAUCGUAAUUACUGUCUUUGUGUUAAACGUACAUCACCGAUCGCCACAAACCCAUGGCAUGCCUCACUGGGUGCGGAGAGUGUUCUUGGAUAUGGUGCCCCGAGUCCUCUUCAUGAAGCGUCCGCCAGGCACAGCCAAGCAGAACUGCAAGAAGCUUAUAGAGAUGAUGCACCGUCCUACUACCAUAUCUGCAACGGGCAACUCACUGGCCUAUUGGACAGGGUUAGAGACAGGGUUGAGACAGAUGAGCCAGGUAAAUAAAACACUUCCAAAGACUCCAUCCGACAGUCCAAGCAUCCAUGUCUGCUCACCUUGCCCACCCUCUUCCCCUCUUGACAACCACAUCGUGGACGAUCACCCACUGAAGGCCAACAUGUUCUGCCAGUCAGCAUCCGGUCAGUAUUCAGUUCUCUCUGAGAAACAACCCCUACGGGCACACAACUCCGCAGCCUCGUCUUCUUCCCAGUUGUCCUUACCACCAACUUUGCCACUGGGCCCACUGUGCAGCCUAUCCAGGGAACAAAUAAAUACACUGUCCCCAAAUGGCCGAUCCCACAGUGCAGAGCAGAUGUGUAACCAACAGAAGGAGCUUCCUCAGAGCGCUGGGCAUCGGUGUCGCUCCCACAGCUUCCAGUACUGCUGUCUGCAUGAUGAAGGACCUGGGCUCAUGGAAAUCGCAGGGUGGGUGAAGAAACAAGGUCCUACAGAUCACCCAGCAGAAACCCUCACAGUUGAGGCCACUAAAGACGCGUGUACCCAACAGAACACCGUGCUUCCAACUAUUUCCCCAGCUAUGCAACGGGCCAUAGAGGGAGUUCAAUACGUCGCUGAUCAUCUCAGAGCAGAGGAUGCAGAUUUUUCAGUGAAAGAGGACUGGAAGUAUGUGGCCAUGGUCAUUGACAGGAUAUUCCUCUGGAUGUUUGUACUGGUGUGUAUACUGGGAUCUGUGGGACUCUUUCUUCCUCCUUGGCUGGCUGGAAUGAUCUAGAAUCUCACUAUUGAAGGAAAGAAAGUCCAUGAACACUGACAGUCUUAUCUUGUAAAAAAAGAAGAAUGGUCCAUCAUUUAUCCUUUUUCUUUUCAUUUUUUCAAAGGAACUACAAGUCACAGUCGUUGGUCUUGCCCAGGGUUGUCAAAAGGUUACUCACGGAGAAACCAGAUGAAAUAUCUCUCAUUGAUUCCAGUGGGCAUAUAAAAUCUUUAUGAGGGCAAAAGGCCAACAGUGAAAAUAUCUUUCACACCACUCCAUUUUGACAUUGAGCUGUAUAGCUCAUGCUGUCACCUCAAAGAAAAUAAAAGCAAAGAAUAGAGUUUGACCAAUUACAAGUGCAGAAAUAAAACACCACAAAAAACCUCAGACUCAGGAAAAAGAUUUUAUUUAUUUCUGAGAAGAAAGAUGUUAAUAAAACUGUAAAAGGUUUGGUUUGAAUAUUAUUCUACUGUAACAUUCCUACUACAAUGUCAAUGUUAUAGUAUCCUGAAAAUAUUUAAGUUUUAGUUCAACCGGAUUUGUCAAAAUUCAGUGACGGAUUUCUGGGAAGGAGUUGUGUGUGUGUGUUUUCAGGUGUGACGCUGUUUUGCAAUGGUCACAGUUUAAGUAAGCCCACACGCAGCUCUGGGAUUUUCUAAUCCUAGCAGUUAAAUUAAACACAUCUAUUCAAUAUUCCUUUUGUUACUACCGCAGCACUUUGAUGUUAACAGGAAGGUAUUUAAAGUCCCUCUCUCCAGUCAUGCCUAGCCCCUCCUCCCCUCAACCCCAGCUACCUACUCACUAUUUAUAUUGCUUGAGAAAUGAGUAGAAUAGGAGUGGAAUGAAUGGCCCACUUUGUUUUUCAUGCAUGAUUUUCAAGCCCAUAAUCAUUCAUUUUUUUAAGUCAUAUUUAAAGUUAACGGUGAAUAUCAAUAAAUAACUGCCACAUUA